AUGGGGCAGAAAGGGAGCAAGGCGCAGGAGAAGGAGUCGCAUGCGUCCAUGUACCGAGGUCUCGCUGGGCGCAUGCACAAACGCAAGAGCCAGGAAGACGGCCGGCUGGCGCAUGCGCUCUCGGACCCGAUCCGUGCACCAGCCUCGGCGCCGGCCUUCCUUCCACGGGCGAUGACGCCGCCGCCGCCAUCCGCGUCGGGCACGCCGACCACGCCGCCGCGGGUGUCGUCCGACUUUUCGACGCCGCUGGCGACACCGGCGCCCCGGCCUUCACCGGCAACCUCAACAAACUCGACUCCGUUGGCAACGCCGGCGCCACGGUCCAGUGGUGGCACGUACGUCCGACCACAUAUGCAAUCGUUCGACCGCGCCAUCCGCCCUUCGACGCAAAGUAUGCCCGUGGACACGUCAACGGACGAAGAGUCGGUCGGGAGCCCGGCCUCGAUGGAGGUCGGCGACUGGCUCAUGGAGGACGACGACAUUGAGAUCGAGAUGGUCGACGACGACGACUUGAACUCGGAGCACGACACGGAGAACACGGAGCCCGAGGUGACGCUGACGCCGUACCUGCUCGCCAACAAGCCGCUCUACGACAUUAUGAUUCAAGUGCAGCUCUUCGCCAACUUGAGUCAGAACCAGCAAGAGCAGGUGCUGCAGGCGCUCAAGCCGAUCAAGUUCAAGGACGGCCAAGCGAUUGUCAAGCAAGGCGAGCGCGGCGAGCGCUUCUUUAUGAUUGCCAAGGGCGAGGCCGUCAUCACCAAGAACAUGGACGGCAAGGAACGCAUGAUCACGCAUUUGUACGCCGGCCACUACUUUGGCGAGCUCGCGCUCAUUUACGACGACCCGCGCACGGCGACCGUCCGCGCGGUCGGCGACGUCGAGCUCUUGUAUCUGACGCAAAAGGACUUUCAGCAAGUCGGCCAAGUUCAUCUGAGUCUCAUGCUGCAGCAAGUGCCGCUCCUCGCACAGCUCACGUCGCGCGACCAAGACGCGAUCCUCAAGAAGCUCAAGCCCGCAAACUUUUCCAACGGCGACUACAUUGUGCGCCAGGGCGAAGAAGGCACGCGGUUUUACAUGAUUACGCGCGGCGAGGCUGCGGUGCUCGAGACGCACGAGCCUGAUGGCCAAGAGCGCGAGCUCACGCGCCUGUAUGAAGGCCACGUGUUUGGCGAAAUGUCUCUCAUCUACAAGGAGCCGCGCACCGCGUCGGUCGUCGCGAUUGGGCCGGUCAAGUGCCUCUACCUCACGAAAGAAGACUUCGACGAGUGCCUUCUCUCGGAGCGCUUCCAGAAGGUCAUCCAGCGUGCGUACAUUGAAAAGGCCACACGCCGCGCGAUGCGCAACAAGAACCGACUCCAAGAAGCCAACAAACCGUCGUCCGCGACCGACAUGUACAUCGUCCUUGGCAGGCGAGGACUCAUGAUGUCGGAUAUUAGGUCGCAGAUGACGCUGGAAGGUCUCAACGGCGUGGCGCUUGAGACGAGCAAGCUCACGAAGCACCGUCUUGCCAACGGCGAGAAGGUCGUGAACAAGUAUGUGAUCAAGGGCGAGCUUGGCAAGGGCACGUUUGGAACCGUCAAAAAGUGUAUGAACGAAGAGGACGGCAAGCUCUAUGCCGUCAAGAUCAUGCACAAGACGUUUGUCCAGCGCAUGGCCAACCGGGAGGACUCGCUGCAGGACGCGCUGCGCCGCGAAGUCGCCAUCAUGAAGAAGCUGAGCCACCGCAACGUCGUGCGACUCGUCGAAGUCAUUGACGACCCGUCGUCGCAAAAGGUCUAUCUGGUGCAAGAGUACAUUGAGAAGGGCAACUUGACGGAGAUUGCGCACGGCGACCGCCUCCCCGAGUAUGUCGUGCGCAAGUACAUGCGGGACCUCGUCUGUGGGCUGCAGUACCUGCACUUUCACAAGAUUGUGCACCGGGACAUCAAGCCCGAGAACAUUCUCGUGACUGCCGACGACAUUGCCAAGAUUGCCGACUUUGGCGCCGCGCGCAUGGUCAUGAACGAAGCCGAGACGAUUUCUGGGGCCAAGGGCACGCCAGCGUUCAUGGCGCCAGAAAUGUUCAACAUCAACGCCGAGUACACGGGACCCUCGGCCGACAUUUGGUCGCUUGGCGCGACGCUCUACAUGAUGAUGUUUGGCCACCCGCCGUGGCUCGCCGACAAUGAGAUUGAGCUCGCAGAAAAGGUGCAGCGCGACGAGCUCAGCUUUCCGGAAGGGUUUGUGGAGCCGCAUCUGAAGAACCUCCUCCAGCGCAUGCUCACAAAGGACCCAGACCGUCGUAUUACGCUCGCCGAUGUCAUGAACCACGAGUGGAUCACGCGCGAGGGGAGCGAGCCGAUCAUCAACAACAUUUUCGAGGACGGCAUCAACAAGGUGACGUUUGACGAGACGGACGGCGCGAUUCAAAACAUCCCGGAGCGCAUCGACCAGCGCCUCCAAGCGUCGCUGGCGGAAGCGCACUUGAUGCUGACCAACAAGACGCUGCUCGGCCGGCGCACGCCGAACGCGUCCUCGAUGCACUCGCUCACGUCCUCCAAGUCGUCGAACGACAAUGGGUCGCCGUCGCGUCAAAAGAGCUUUUCCAGCGCGCGCUCGAAACGCAGCCCGCUCCGGUCCAAGAACUCGAACGAGUCGAUGGGCUCGACGCUCGAGGCGGCGCGCGUCAUCUCUGCGUGGCGCCACCACAAGCGCGUCGCGCUCAUGGACGGCCACAACCUCUCGGAACGCGUGCGCGAUUUGCUCUUAGAGCAGAAGCGCAUGGCGUUUUCGGUCGAGCGGGCGCAGAUCACAGAGAUCAUCUUGCCGACCAACCACGUGAUUUCGUCGCCGACGCGGCGCAACACCGAAGGGCUCGAGAGCACGGCGUCGGACGAAGACCUCUUGAAGCGCCAAUUGUCGCGCAAGAAGGACUUUGUCAUGGUGACGUCCGAGGUGUUUCGCGGCGAAGAGGGCGACUUGCAGUCGCGCAAGGUGCUCUUCCAAGCGACGAGCCAAGAUUUCUCGAUCGCGUCGCGCGUGCCUCUGCACUCGUCGUCCGAGUCGUCGAUGGUCGAUUCGCGCACCAUGUCGGACAGCCGGAACCUCUCGGAAUCGCGGACGCUCUCGGACCACCGCAAAAUGUCGGACAGCCGGUCGAUCGACUCGCGCAAGCUCUCGGAAGCGAGCCGGAAGCUCUCGGACUCCCGCUCCAAAAUGUCGGACUCUCGGAAAAACUCGGACACGGUGCGGACCAUGUCGGGCUCGCGCAAGUCGAGCCGGUCGUCGACGCAAAACAAGUCGAGCCACUCGAUGAACGACCUCCUCAACGCCGAGACGGUCAUGUCGGAAGGCAGCAGCGAUGAAGACAGCGACGACGAAGAUGACAUGCGCGCCAUGAGCUCGUCCUCCAAGGGCUCGUCGGCCUACUCGGACGUCGAGUGCGACGUGGAUGUGAACGAGACGUUUGAAGACCUGUUGCACACGCCGCGGUCGGGCGACGAGCGCAACGACGACAUUGAAGUCGCACCCCUCGAGUGCGAAACCACGACCUUCUUCCCCGAAGACGAGAUCGACGUGAUCCAGGUCUAUGUGAGCAGCAAGAUUCGCGAAAACCUCGCGCUGGGUCUCCGUGCGGGCUACGCCGAGGCCAAGGGCGAGCGGCCGUACAUGGAGGACAAGAGCCUUGCACUGACGCACUACCCACGCCCGGGCAACGACGCCGAGACGAUCGCCUACUAUGCUGUCUAUGACGGCCACAACGGCGACGAGACGGCGCUCGUCUUGCAAAAGGAGCUGCAUAUGAAGAUUCUCGAUCGGCUCGCAACAAGCUCGCCCGAAGACGCGGUGCUCGAAGGCUGCCGUGUCAUGGACGAAGAGCUGCUGGCCAAGGACAAUGCCAAGAUUGCAGGCUUUACCCGCGACGGCAACGCGGCUCGGCCGGCGCCAAUUUCGUUUUCCGGCUCGGCCGCCAUCAUGGCGCUGUUGCUCAACGUCGAGGACGGUCUGCAGCUGGUCAUUGGCCACGUCGGGGACUGUCGCGCGGUGCUCUGCCGCGGGCCGGAAGCCCUUAGUCUCACGGUCGACCACAAGGCGAGCAACGCGAUCGAGAAAGAGCGCAUUGAAAAGGCCGGUGGGUUUGUGCACAACGGACGCCUCGAUGGCAUUCUCGCCAUCUCGCGCGCCUUUGGCGACCUCGCGCACAAGAGCGACGGCCAUCUCAUCGCCGUGCCCGACAUUACGACCGAGAUGAUUGAGCCCGAAGACGAGUUUCUCUUGCUCGCGAGCGACGGGCUCUUCGACGUGAUUACGUCGCAGCAGGCGGUCAACUUUAUCCGGCGCAAGCUGCGCAACCACGGCGACGUGCAGCUCGCGGCGCAGGAACUCGUGCUCAAGGCGCAAGAGUAUGUGAGCCACGACAACAUCAGCGCGAUCGUGGUGUGCUUCCACCAAACGUAAUACUAGUAUAAUAGAAGUAUGUUGUUCGUCACGUCCCUACAGAAAGUGUAAAAAGUUCGUAC